AACUCGACUGCACUGUGCCCGCGCCGAGGAGCCCCGCGAUUGGUGGAGUGGAAAUGACGUCGCGCAAUUUUCCUCACUCCAUUGGCUGAAAUCAACGCCAAUCACAUCGGUUUGCGUCCUACUUCCGGAUACAUUUGGGUAGCGCGGAUGGGAUGGCUCCUGGAACCUGAAGUAAAAUUGGUUUAUAAGAGGAAGCAGGAGAAAUUGUGUCCCAGGUCAAGAAGGUCUGGACCUCCGGAUGGCACCUGAGACCGUGGUGCGAGCUGCCCAGAGCUGGCUGGAGUCUUCCUGCCAGGUCCAGGUGCCCUUCGUCUGGCUCCAGGCCUGUGUGGAGUGGAUACAGGAGGAAGCCGGAGGAGCAGCCCGACUCACACAGCAGCAAAUCAACAAACAGGUGUACGACCAGUGGCUGCUGACAGACCUGAGGGACUUGGACCACCCUGUUCUCCCAGAGGGCCUCUCUCAAAGCCAGAAGACUGUGCUCAGCGGCAUCUUUUGUGUCCAGAUUGACUCAGUGCUGGACAUCAGUCAGCCGGCGUACGGGCAGCUGCAGAAGUGGAAGGGCACAGACUGCGCCAAUGACGAGGUUUCCGCGGUAACGCAGUUCACACAGAGACCCUGGGAGAGUCGGCCCACACGCAUGCUCCUCCUGCAGGUGACUGAUGGAGUCCAGAACAUGGAGGCCAUGGAGUACCAGCCCAUCUCUGCCCUCAGCACCUCGCUCAGGCCUGGAGUGAAGCUGCGGUUACAGGGAGACAUCAUGUGCCGACUGGGGAUGAUGCUGCUGGGACCCACCAACGUGAAACUGCUCGGGGGAGAGGUGGACGACCUGGUGGACAGAAACAGUCAGGGGAGGUUGUUGUGUCGAACUCUGGGUCUCCCUGAAGAGGAGGAGCCGCAGCCACAAGACGAGGACCCACCUUCUGCACAACAAGACACCCAGGCGCUGGAGGACUUGGACGAUCAGGAGCUGUUGGCCAGUCUGGAGGCUCAGGAGCAGAGGGAGGUGCAGAGGCAGGGGCAGGAGCAGAGGCAGAGGGGGGAGAGACAGCCCCGUGGUCCGGCCUCUCUCCCUGACAGCGCUUAUGGUUCUCUGUUUGAAAGCACUCACUCCUCUGGUGGCUCUGCAGCCUGGAUCCUCGGCUCCACAGCCUCCUCCAGAAAUGAAGGGUCCACCUCCUCUCUCCGAAGCGACGUUCUUCAAAACAACCGAGCAGGAGGUUCAGACUGGGAUCAACGCCAUGGCAACCGACAGGAAGUCCCACCCGCUCAAGAGCCAUCUACGCAGGACCAGACCAUGACCGACGAGGACUUUGCAGAUGAGGAUUUUGACGACCUCCCGCUGGACGAGCUGGACGGCGUCAUUCUACAAGAUCCAGGGGCGAAUCGAGCUCAAAAUGUACCCCAAAAUGUACCCCGAAAUCUAGCCGCAGCUGCCCCAAAUCCAAACGAUGACUUUAUGGAUGAAGACUUGGAGUUUAUUGAGGAAAUAGAAGCAGCAAACUCGAUUAAACAACCUAACUCGAGCGAUACAGGACAAAAAAUCUCGCUAUCCUCUCCUCCAUUUACAUAUAUUUCUCUUUUGGAUAACUUACCAAAGAAAUCUACAUCUGGAAAAUUUGAAAUCGUAGUGAAAGCGUUUAUCGUGACGUUACUGGGAAAACUAUCCAGCAGCGAUGGCGUUUGGAAAGUCGGGGCUACGAUUUCGGACGGUACGGGGUAUCUGGACGUCGAAUUGUCAGACGAGGUUCUGCGGGGGCUGCUCGGGUUUUCCGUGGCGGAGAAGGCGGCUUUAAAGAGGGACCCGGCCCGGAAAGGGGAGCUGGAAGCCGGGAUGCGGAGGUGCCAGGAGGGGCUGGUGGACAUGUGCUGCGUCAUGACCGUGUGCGUGGAGCUAGGGGGCGCUAAACACGUAGUGACCAAAGCUGAACCGCUGAAGGAGCAGGAUCUACAAGCGCUGGAGGCGAGGGUCAAAGCUACCAAGUAGUGUUUACACGAUACUAAAAUUUCAGUUCUGGAUUUCGAUACCAAGGAAUAAACUCUGAUACCAUAAUGAUACUAAAAACACUCUUUCUUUAGACAGUAGAAUGUAAUUUUCAUCAUCAAAUUGUAGUAUUUUUCAUACUAUAAGUUGCUCCGGAUUAUAAGUCCCUCAAGCCAAAAAAUGAGUAAUAAUAAGUUGCACUUUUUGGGGGAAAUUUAUUUUAUGAAAUCAGCGACCAGGAACCGACAUUUCCUCUUGAAAGGCAAGUUCUAGUAACAACAAUAGAAGAGAGAACAACAGACUGUUAACGUCACAUAUGAACAGUUCUUCAGAUAAACUAUAACAUAAACAACAGAACAAGUUUAACAAACCCCAUCUCACUCCAAAUCACUAAAUCCAUUCAAUUCUUCAUCCUCGAUGUCACUUCUGAACAACUCCACGACCUCCGGAGGUAAACAGACGCCGCUUCCUCUUCUGUGUCGCUGUCGUCAGACUCAGCAUCAGUUCCAGUUAGAAUUAUUCUGGCCUUUCUGAAUCCCGACAGGAUGGUUUCAGUGUCACUGAAGUCCAGGCUUUGUCCAUCCACCCAGUGACUUCCAGGAAAGUUUCAUGGUGCAUCCUCCCAGUUUCACAAGUUUCUCGCUCACUUCAAACUUUCUUUCUGCUGCUCGAUUACCGUUUUCGGCUGAAUAUUUCAUGACUUGCAGGUCGUAAUCAGUAAAAUCUGAUUUUGUUUUUGGGGGCAUUUGUGUUCAGUCUUUCUCAGUCGUCUUUAUAAGUUUGUUUAAAUGUUUAAUUUUCAGCGGUGCAGAAGUAACGGUGCGAUCCACUGACAUGAUACAGAGAGAACAGAGGCUCUUUCUGCAGGAGACAUGCGCAGUAGAGCCAAGUGACAGUGGUACAGGAGGAACAGGAGCAGCAGAUACUCACACACAAGACUAGAACCUCUCACGACUUCAGUGUGAAAAUUUUAAUAUAUAAGUCGCACCAGAAUAUAAAUCACAGGAAACACCCAAACCAUGAAAAAAGUGUGAAUUAUAAUCCGAAAAAUACUGUACUUUAUUUUUUAUUUCCAUGUGUCUUAUAUGUGUGUAAUCCCUCUGUGGUCGAGGGAGGUUCCACAGUGCUCCAUGGGAAUAAACUAGUCUAUGUGCUCUUAUACUUGUUCUGAUACAGUGAAUAGAGCCUAUUUCAAUACAAGUUUUUGCAUCUGUUUAGUCUGAUUUUCAAGACUUUUGACAGCACUACUAGCAUUUUCUUUAGUUAAUUUUAUAUAUUUGAAUUGAACAUGUUGUGAAUGUCCAGUUGCAUUUAAAGUUUCAAAAUUGCCCAAUAAAGCUGCUCAAAAUUA